UCCGAGGGCGGCGUCUCCGGCGCCGGCGAGGAGCCCCGCGCGGCGCCGGAGGGCGCCGUGGACCUCCUCGCGCAGGCGAGGAAGGCGCUCGCCCUGCGCUCGCCGUUCGACGCCGAGGAGGCGGGGCCUAGGGCUGUGACGUUGCCCGCGGGAUUGGCGGCGUUCCUCGCGAAGCACACGGAUGGGCGGAGGAAGCACAAGAAGCCCCCCGAGGGGGAGCCUGGCGAGAAGCCCCCCGCGCCGGCCCCCGUGGCCGCCUCGACCGUGUGGGAUCACACCGAGGAGUUCUUCCGGCCGCUUACGUCCGCGGACAUCGAUUUGUUGGUUCCGAAUCUCCCGUUUAGUUCCGGUCAGUUGGAUUCUUGCUUCUUGAUUCCGUUCCCCGGGACUUUCCUCGAAACGGACAAGAAAGAUGGUCCCUGCGAUGCCGCCGAAGUCCAAUUGAGUUCCAACACAGCUUCGGAGAAAGCGGAGGCAGUGAAGGAGGAGGAGCAAGGAGCAGAGGUGGAGAAGGUUCAGUUGGCGAAGGCGGAGGAGGAACCUAUGGAGAUAGACGAAGUUGGGGCUGGUAGUGAUGCAUUGCCCGAGAAAGAAGAAGAUGAGAGUUCGUCCUUCAGUUGGCUUUUAGGCGCGAAGGAGCGUUUCAUCCUCACUUCUGAGCGGCCAAAUAAGAAACGCAAGCUAUUGGGUGGAGACGCCGGAUUGGAACACCUUUUAGUGCUUCCUCACUCCCACGAAGAAGCUAGCACAAGCUGCGAUUUGUGUUGCUCUCAAGAUAGCACUUUCAAGACAAAUAAAUUGCUCUCUUGCUAUUCUUGCAAAGCUGCAGUGCACCAAAAGUGUUAUGGUGUGCGUGAGGUACCAAAAGGAUCGUGGUCAUGCUCUUAUUGUAAGCAUUUAGAGAAAGAUGGUGGUGACCGCAGUUCGAGGCCUUGUGUGCUUUGCCCAAAGGAAGGUGGGGCCUUAAAACCAGUGGAAAGUCAUUCAGGCCGGGGUGGAGAUGGAAGCACUACAAAGUUUGCACACUUGUUUUGCAGUCUAUGGAUACCCGAGGUGUACGUGGAGGACAUUAAAGCAAUGGAGCCGGUUAUGAAUAUCAGAGGUGUCCAAGAAACUCGAAAAAAGCUGGUUUGUAAUGUCUGCAAGGUGAAGCAUGGUGCAUGUGUCCGAUGUAGCCAUGGAACAUGCCGAACAUCUUUCCAUCCUAUGUGUGCUAGGGAAUCAAAGCACCAGAUGGAGAUUUGGGGAAAGUUUGGAAAUGAAAAUGUUGAAAUGCGAGCAUAUUGCUCAAAACACUCCAGUUCUAAAGACAUCAGCAAUUCCAAGAACGUCAAAGUAACUGGUGGAGAUGACUCUUUGGCAGCUGGGCCGCCAUCUGCAAUUCUUGCCACUAGAAAGUUACCAAAGUUAAGGCUUUCUCGCAAGAAUAAUGAUAAAAGCAUGAUGCAUGAGUUCACAAGUUCCAGCUGUGAUGAAGUAGGCAAAAUGGAUAAUAAUACAGAGCAAGAACUCUUGGCAAAUCAACAAAAUAGCCCAAGCUUUCAAGCUGUGAAACAGAGCAAGGUGGUGGAUUCUGAUGGUCCCACGGAGAAUGGAAAUCUAAUGCGAAAUUCUACUGAUGUUGCCGCAAUUCUUAGAAAGUUAAUUGAUCGUGGGAAAGUUAGCGUUCGCGAUAUUGCAUCAGAGAUAGGCAUCUCGUCAGAUUCCUUAGAAGCAGCUCUUGUGGGUGAGACCACCACCUUUUCCCCUGGAUUGAAAUUGAAAAUAAUCAAAUGGCUUCAGCAUUCCGCUCAUAUGCCUGCUAAUGUAAAGAGUCCUCUUGUACCCAGCGAUGACAAAGUUACAUCCCAUGAUAAACCAGAUCCUGUUCUCAAGUACUUGCCACCAAGAAGAGCAAAAGGUAGCACUAGGACAUCUAAAAACAACAAACCACCAUGCCCACAAAGCAGUGAUAGUAAAAUAAUUGCUGAGACCAUGGAUGUGACAUUUGUUGCCACUGAAGAUGAAAAGCCUGAGACUAAUGGCAAAAUAUCUUCUGCUAGUGAUCAGAACUCUAAAGAGAAGGAAGAGCUUCCAGAACCUAUAUUGGAUGAUACCUGUAAGCUAUCAGAUGCUGCUUCUCCUUUGGACUUUAUGCCAGGAGCCAACGGAAAUUCAGUGAAAGAAGAAAGAAAUGACUUUUCUGGGUUACAACAUGGUGAACAAUUAAUAGAAGGUUUUUCGUCUUUCAAUGAUGGUGUUGAUCAUGCUGACAAUGCAAAGGUCUUGCCAAGAGCUUCAGAGAAUGGUUAUUGUGGAGAUUUUGAUUGUGAUGCGGAUCCAAUGCUGUUUCGUAAAUUUGCUUUCAAUUCUGAUGGGCCCUCUUCUGAUUCUUAUAUCCAUCCAUUAGUAAGGAAAAGGUUGAUGAUUGUGCAGGACCAUAAUUUCAAGCAGAGCAAUGCGGAAGCAUAUAUUAAUGCAGGAUUAGCUAAAUCUGGUGGUCCUUACCAUAAUCAGCAAGAGAUGGGCUCUGCCUGUGCUAAUUCGAACCAAAAAUCAGAUGUAGCUGAAUUAGAUCAGAUUUCUAAAGCCAAAUCUUUGGGGAUUUUAGAUCUUUCCGCAGAAGAUGAAGUGGAAGGAGAACUAGUGUAUUUACAAGCUAGACUACUUGACAAUGCUCUUGCAAUCAAACAUACUUUUGAAGAUUUAAUGUCAAAGAUAGUCAAGAAUCUUCCUCAGGAGCUUGAUGCAUUCAAUAGCAGAAAGUGGGACCUCAUUCUCGUCAAUCAGUUUCUUCGCGAAGUUAAGGAAGCAAAGAAACGUGGGAGAAAAGAGAGAAGGCAUAAAGAAGCUCAGGCUGUCCUGGCAGCAGCAGCAGCUGCUGCUGCAGCUUCUUCAAGGAAUUCUGCUCUGAGGAAGGACUCAAAUGAUGAGAUAGGUCCUACUAAUCAAGAGAGUACUCCAAAAGCAAGCGUUGGUUCUGGGAGAGUUGGGCUACCAACUGCUUCGACGUCACGGGCAAAAGAUUCUUCAAGAUCAGCUCUAAAUAAACUCUCCUCAGAUAAGAACUCUGGGUUAUUCCAAAUGCCGGAUUUUUCGAAAGACAAUGCACUUUACUGUGGUAUUUGUAUGCGAACUGAGACAGUGUUGAAUCGAAUUUUUGUUUGUUCCAGCUGCAAGGUUGCUGUCCAUCUAGAUUGCUAUCGCUGUCUUAAGAAUCCAAUUGGGCCCUGGAAAUGUGAACUUUGUGAGGACAUGUCUCUUAGGAGCACUAGUAAUGAAUCAGAUGGUAGGGAUAGAGUCUCUUUUGUAGCACAAUGUAGAUUGUGUGGUGGUGUAUCUGGUGCUUUCAGGAAGACAACAGCUGGGCAAUGGGUUCAUGCCUUCUGCACUGAGUGGUUGUUGGAGUCGAGGUUUAGAAGGGGGCAGGAAAAUCUGGUAGAAGGAAUGGAUACUCUCCACAUGGAGAAGGAUACUUGUUGUAUCUGCCGUCAAAAAGUUGGUGCAUGUUUAGAGUGCAGCUAUGGAGAUUGCCAAAUUACAUUUCAUCCCUCCUGUGCUAGAGGUGCUGGUCUCUACAUGAAUACAAAAUGCAUGGAUUCCAAGUUACAGCAUAAUGCUUACUGCAGCAAGCACAGCACAGAGCAGAGAGAGGCUGAUAUUCGGCGAUAUGGAGCUGAGGAACUUGAUAGCAUGAAACAAAUAAGGGUCAGGUUAGAGAAAUUGCGCCUUCUUUGUGAACGAAUCAUCAAAAGAGAAAAGUUAAAGAGGGACUUGGUGCUAUGUUCGCACGACAUACUUGCUUCAAAAAGAGACCACGUUGCUUGCUCUGUGCUUUUGCGUGGCUCCUUUCCACCUGGCGUCAGUUCGGAAUCUGCCACGACUUCCAUAAAUAACAAAUCCUACAGCGGGACUGUUCAAAGAUCCGAUGAUGUGACAGUGGACAGCACUGUUUCAGGAAAGCGCACUAUUAAGUUUUCGUUGCACAAUAAAGAUGCCGAAAGACACACUGAUGACAGUUCUACAUCCCAACUGUCCUUUAAGCGGAAACUAGCUGAUAGAUCGACAUUUGCUGGCAAGCAACUUCCACAUAGAUCAACAUCCGUUGCCUCUCGGAACUCCGCAGAGGAUGGAGACAAAAAGUCUAAGCCAAGAAAGCAUACGCUUGUAAUGACCUCUGAUGAAGCAUCAAUGCAGAACCAACGGCUCCCCAAGGGGUUCGCGUAUGUCCCCAUUGGCUCUCUUUCCAAAGAAAAGGUGCCUCCUGAUGAUGCAGUGUCUCAUGAACCACAUGAACCGGGCGGAUAGUGCCAAUCAAAAGAAGAGCAUUCAGUGCUUUUAAUUUUACUUGAGGAAGUCUCCUGCAAAGGUGGAGUGAAUUUUGGUCACUGUACCUACAUUCCACAUGGAACCAAUGGAGCUGGCCGACGUACCUAUACUAUACAAAAUGUAACAAUUGCAGAAGGUUUUGAGGCCAACAUUGUAUACCUUUUCUCAGAGCAAUUGUACAAAGGGCGAUAGUUUCCAUUAAUAUAUGAAGUGUUCUUCAUUACAAUGGUCGAGUGCCAGCAAUUGGCUGCCCUUGUUGACGGGCAACACGGAAGCAUGGUCAUAUAGCUGUAUAUGGAAAUAUAGAAACCUAGGAUGCAGAUUAUGUAAAUUGUUUUCUGUAAAUUCUUAUGAUUUCAUCUACCGAUACAUAGGUCUAGGUUAAAUUUGAGAGGUACUAAGGAAAUUCAAAUUGACCAAGGUCUCUCUUUAAGUUGUCCUCCCUUCUGAUGUUGAGGGAAAUGAUUGGGAUCUGGGACAUUUGGAAUUCAAAGUUAGCUGUAGAUUUUGUAACACAUGUUGUACCAUUUUUAACUCUAGCAUUAGUUACAUGCUUCAGAUUCUGCAAGUUAUCACUUGGCUAAAUACUUCUGUUGAUCCCGUAUCACUUGAUGCUCAAACAAGGGAAUUGUGAAGAUUAAUUAAGCUGCAGUUUGCGUGUUCUUUAUCA